AGCGUCUCUUCCUCUCCCUCCUCACGUCUCUAUGGUUAGUGGCUCCAGCUCCUUUCUGGGGGUGGCGGCCAUUUUGGCCGGGUGGCAGCAGGAGCACGUUGUGCGUCUGCCCGUGAGUAACGGGACCAGGCUAGUCCCCUACCCAGCUACUCGCCCCGGCUGGGUGGUUUCCUUCCCGUCCUCCGGUAAGUGGAGUCAAUAGCGGGGCCGGGGAGAGCGGCAUGAGCCCUUGGGAGACCCAUUCCUUGGCUAGGGCCGGGCGGCACCGGCGAGAGGCGCCGUGUCUACGACGGGGAAGGAACGACCCCCGAGCCGGGCCCGGCAGCUGCCCGGCUCUCCCCAGUGGGGCUUCUGUCUACGCCGGGUGCUGUUAGCAGAGCCCCUCCCUCAGCCCGAAUGGGCCCAGUAAUAGUCACGUUAGGGCGUUGUGGUGAGAACUUUACAAACAUCAACUUAUUUCCUUGGAUGACCCUGAAGUGUUCACUUCCAUCUUGGAAUCUCUCUAAUUGGUGUAUAUAUAAACCUAAAUUGCACAAUAUGGCCGACAAGUUAACAAGAAUUGCUAUUGUCAGCCAUGACAAAUGUAAGCCAAAGAAAUGCCGUCAGGAGUGCAAAAAGAGCUGUCCUGUGGUUCGAAUGGGAAAACUAUGCAUAGAAGUCAUAUCGCAGAGCAAAAUAGCAUGGAUUUCUGAAACACUCUGUAUUGGUUGCGGUAUUUGCAUUAAGAAAUGUCCUUUUGGAGCCUUGUCAAUUGUUAACUUACCUAGCAACCUGGAGAAAGAAACAACGCACAGAUAUUGUGCCAAUGCCUUCAAACUUCACAGGUUGCCUAUUCCCCGUCCAGGGGAAGUACUGGGAUUGGUUGGAACGAAUGGUAUUGGAAAAUCAACUGCCUUGAAAAUUCUAGCUGGAAAGCAGAAGCCAAACCUUGGAAAAUAUGAUGAUCCACCUGAUUGGCAAGAAAUCUUGACUUACUUUCGAGGAUCUGAGUUGCAAAACUACUUCACCAAGAUCCUGGAAGAUGACCUCAAGGCUAUUAUCAAACCUCAGUAUGUGGACCAGAUCCCUAAAGCUGCAAAGGGGACAGUGGGGUCUAUUUUGGACAGAAAGGAUGAAACUGACACACAGACUAUUGUAUGUAAGCAGCUUGAUUUAACUCAUCUGAGAGAACGAAACAUUGAAGACCUUUCAGGAGGAGAACUUCAGAGAUUUGCUUGUGCUGUCGUUUGCAUUCAAAGGGCCGAUAUCUUUAUGUUUGAUGAACCUUCUAGCUACCUAGAUGUUAAGCAGCGUCUGAAGGCUGCCAUUACUAUUCGAUCUCUAAUAAAUCCAGACAGAUAUAUCAUUGUUGUAGAGCAUGAUCUUAGUGUGUUAGAUUAUCUCUCUGACUUUAUCUGCUGCCUGUAUGGUGUGCCAAGUGCUUAUGGUGUCGUCACUAUGCCUUUCAGUGUAAGAGAAGGCAUAAACAUUUUCUUGGAUGGUUACGUUCCAACAGAAAAUUUAAGAUUUCGAGAUGCAUCUCUGGUUUUUAAAGUGGCUGAGACAGCUAAUGAAGAAGAAGUUAAGAAGAUGUGUAUGUAUAAAUAUCCAGGAAUGAAAAAAAAGAUGGGAGAAUUCGAACUAGCCAUAGUAGCUGGAGAAUUCACUGACUCUGAAAUCAUGGUUAUGCUAGGGGAAAAUGGAACUGGCAAAACUACAUUUAUAAGAAUGCUUGCAGGAAGACUUGCACCUGAUGAAGGAGGUGAGGUACCAGUUCUAAAUGUCAGUUACAAGCCACAGAAGAUCAGUCCCAAGUCCACAGGAAGUGUCCGUCAGCUGCUCCAUGAGAAGAUCCGAGAUGCCUAUACACAUCCACAGUUUGUGACUGAUGUAAUGAAGCCUCUUCAGAUAGAAAACAUCAUUGAUCAAGAGGUGCAGACAUUGUCUGGUGGUGAGUUGCAGCGUGUUGCACUAGCUCUCUGUCUUGGUAAGCCUGCUGAUGUUUACCUAAUUGAUGAACCUUCAGCAUAUUUGGACUCUGAACAGCGUCUAAUGGCUGCUAGAGUUGUCAAACGUUUCAUUCUCCAUGCUAAAAAAACAGCCUUUGUGGUAGAGCAUGACUUUAUCAUGGCGACCUAUCUAGCAGAUCGUGUCAUUGUCUUUGAUGGUAUUCCAUCCAAGAACACACUUGCAAACAGUCCUCAGACUCUUUUGGCUGGUAUGAAUAAGUUUUUGUCUCAGCUUGAAAUUACUUUCAGAAGAGACCCCAACAAUUUCAGACCAAGAAUAAACAAACUCAAUUCAAUCAAGGAUGUGGAACAAAAGAAGAGUGGAAACUACUUUUUCUUGGAUGACUAACAGGAAUCUGAGACUCUCCAUAAUCACUCUAUAAAAAUGCAAAUUGAAAUCUGAACACUUUGUUAAACACUUAAUCAGGUUUUAGAACACCCCUCAUUCUGGAGCUUAAGAUGUUAUUGCUAUGUGUAACAGAAGCCAGUAGAAGUGUAAAUUUUAGUCUGAGCAACAGAAACUGCCACUCUUUCUGUAUUUUGGUGAUAGUCAUAUUUUCCAUGCAACUUUCCAAACCAGAUACCUCUCUAAUUGUUAUAAACAAUUGUUGAAUAAACCUCCAGAUAUUUCAAAAUUUAGGGUAGGUUUUCAAUCUAAAUGCAACUUAUUCAAGUACCAAAUGCUGCCCAGUCUUUUUCAAUUUUAAAAA